AUGUCGUUGUUGCUUCGGUCUGCCAUCGUAUCCGCGCUGCUAAAGUCCCCGCACGGAUAUUCUGUGUCAACUCUCUCCCGGGAGGGAUCCAGCUACAGCCCACCAGCAGGCGUCACAGGCCUCAAAAGUGAUUACACGCACGGUUCCCUCGUUCAAGCGCUAAAGGGCCAGGAUGUGGUUGUGUCGGCCAUUGCAGGCGCCGCCGUACCCGAGCAGGCCAAGGUAAUUGAUGCUGCAAUCGAGGCAGGAGUAAAGAGGUUCAUUCCGAGCGAUUUUGGCAGCGAAACACGGAAUAAGAACUCGCAUUCGCGCGUGCCUUUUUUCGUGCUGAAGGACCAGGUCCAAAAAUACCUCCUGGAGAAGCAGGAAACGAUCGAGUGGACGAUUUUCCUUUCUGGGCCCUUUUUGGAUGAAACCCUGAAAACAGACUUCCUCGGCUUGGACAUCGCCAACAAAACUACAACCUUCUGGGACGAAAGGUACAAAAACGUACCCUUCUCGACCUCGCGCCUCCCCCUCCUCGCUGACGCAAUCUCACAAUCCCUCGCCCCCACCAUCUCUCCAAACACAGCCAACCGAGUCCUCGCUAUCCGCGACGUCACCGUGACCUUCGCGGAGAUACUCAACGCUCUGGAGACAGCCACAGGCUCUGCAUGGCCGCUUAAUCAUGCCGACCUGGAUCAGCUGUUUGAGGAAGGCAAGGCAAAGGCCGCAAGGGGCGAUGCCAGUGGUGUUUCGCAUAUGAUUGUGCGGAAUAUUCUGGAUGUGGAGUCUGAGGGUGACUUUGAUGAGAGGGGGAUCGUUUCUAAUGGGUUGGUGGGGGUGGAAGGGUGGGAAUUGCAGAGGAUUGUGGAUGCCGUCGUUGCGGAGGUGCAGAACAAAAAGGCCGUGAAGCAGUAA